UUCUAUAGAAAGGCUCCUGAGUGAACGAGACGCAGUGAGACCUUCAUUGCUGGUUAGUUGACUUGCAAGAACCCUUCUCUAUAGCUUCUAAUUCCGCCGGUCAGUAAAAGGGGAAGAAUCGGGAAGAUGACUACAACCUCGGACUUGGAACUCUCUUCCUUCCAACACACCCCUUUUUACUGUGAGGAAAAUGUAUACCAGCUAUGCAAGAAGCUGUGCGCGGAUGGGUUGGCCAGUCCAGAUGCUUCUGAUUUGUUUGCUGUGUUCAUCUGCAAUGAUAAAAAGCAGGUCCCAUUGUGGAAUCAAAAGGCCAGCCAUAGGGCAGAUGGUGUUGUUCUGUGGGAUUAUCAUGUUAUAUGCAUACAGAAAAGGAAAGAUGAAAGUUUAUCCGAUCUAGUGUGGGAUUUAGAUUCAACUCUUCCGUUUCCUUCUCCCCUAGAAUCCUAUAUUGCUGAAACCACCCGUCCUUCCUUUCCAUUAUUUUCAGAGUUUAAAAGGUAUUUCCGGAUUGUGCAUGCACCAAUUUUCCUCAAGUCAUUUGCAUCUGAUAGAAGCCACAUGAAAGAUGCUGCAGGAAACUGGCAGUCUCAACCUCCUGCUUAUGAAGCCAUUGUUGCUGAAGAUGGAACCUUAAACAAUCUAAAUCAGUACAUUCAAAUCUCUUGUGAAGAUGCCCCUAAAGACCUCACAGAUGAUGCAGUGAAUGCAGUUUUUGCACAAAAGUUUGGCAUAGUAGUGGCUGGAAGUCAACUGGGGGAACUUAUUUCUCUGGUCAAUGAUUCAUAACUACCUGUCAACCUGUGUGCUAGUGCUUUGGAUAUAUUCUUCUGUUUUGCGAAAUGUAUAGAUACAGUGUGCUAAUAUAUGUGUGAGGGUGGUGUUUGACAAACGAGCUGAUUCUAAGGAUUUCUGUGAGGAGAUUUUUGUUUUGUUUUUUUAUGAUCAUUUAUUAAUUCAACGGUGUUUGGGUGUUGAUUCUCUGAUGUUUAUAACAGAGAAUCAAACCUAGCUGUUUGAAGAGGAUGGAGUUGUAAUAUUAUAGUGAAACAAAAUAACAAUUAAUGAAUUAGUUAUGGGGA